AGCAUUUGGACCCGUAAUGGAGUGGAAACUUAAGGACUGUAUUGCAGUCCAUAAACUCUUAGACAAAGUUCUUAUUGAGCAAGAUGCUGCUUUGAGAUGGAAAGUGAGAUGUGCGGAGUACUUCCCUUACUCCACCUACUUUGAAGGUAGUCGCAGCUCUGCUGUGCACAACUCACUGAACAAUCUGGACAGCAAUACCACUGUGAAUGGUGGUGCAAGCCAUCCUGAAAUCGGUGAAGGUGAAAAUUCAGUCGCAUCAAAUGGAAAGCUGGAAGCAUUUAAGAACCUUACCAUUUGAAGAUGGUAAUGCUUAUGUGCGCCGAGUGACAUCAGAGCUCAAUGUGUUUGUACUGGUGGAUUGAAUCCCGUUAGUUUUACACUGCAAAGAGUGCCUUUGCAGCUGCUGCUGGGAAAGAGAAUAUUGUGUUAGCUGUCAAAGGCAUUCCUUUGCAAAUGUGUAUAAUUUAUUUGCAGUUAUGAUUUUAGGGUUGAAGAUAUAUAUAUUCCCUUUUAAUUUCCUCACCCAUUUGGUUUAGUAGGUCUGUGGCUCCAUGGCUGUGCCCCAAAACUU